AAUGUGGAGAGGAAGCCAAAGAAAACAAAACCUCCACCAAAGAAAAAGAAGAAGAAAGUUGUCAAGCACCAACAACCCAAGAUGCCACCAGGUGUUACAGAACUCUCUGAAGCAUUCCGACCACCAGAAUGGCUUACUGAUACCAUUCCACGUAAGGCACCAUUUGUCCCUCAGAUGGGAGAUGAGGUGAUGUACUUCCGCCAAGGCCAUGAGCUCUACCUGAAUGCAGUGGUCAAGCACAAAGUGUAUGAAGUGAAUCCCAACAACAACCAGCCCUGGCACAAGAAUCCAAAACUCAGGGAACAAGAGCUGGUGAAGAUUGUUGGCAUCAAGUAUGAAAUCCGCCCUCCGAGACUCUGCUGCCUCAAGCUUGCGUUCAUUGACCAUGAGACCGGGAAGCUGACAGGAGGAACGUUCUCCAUCAAGUACCACGACAUGCCUGAUGUCAUUGACUUCCUGGUGCUCAAACAGACCUACAACAUUGCCAUGCAGAGGAAAUGGAAACCCAAUGACCGGUUCCGUGCUAUGAUAGAUGACCACUGGUGGAUGGGCACAAUCCAAUCCCAGGAACCCUUCCAGGCAGAGUUCACAGACAGCAUGUACCAGUGCUUCAACGUCCACUGGGACAAUGGAGAACAUGAGAAGCUGAGUCCGUGGGAUCUGGAGCUGAUUGAUGAGGAAAACGGAGUAAAGAACACAGUAUGCCUCAGGAUAAGAAAAAGUGUACCAGGAGACGUUGGUGGGGGAGUGAUGGUUGAGAAGGAGGAGUUGAAGAAGCUGCUGUAUAACCCCGGGGCCAAUGAGUGGCCUUCAUGUGGCCGGGAUGAGGAGUGUGACAGGAUCGUUCAUGGGCUGGAGGAGGUGAUGCAGCAUUCAAUGGCUGAGCCCUUCAAUGCACCAGUUGACCUGAAUGCCUUUCCACUGUAUGCCCAUGUAAUUGAAUACCCUGUAGACCUGAGCACCAUCAAGGCCAGACUGGAGAACAGGUUCUAUAGCGCGAUGUCCGGGCUCCGUAAGGAGCUUGGCUCGCAAAGUGUUGAUCUCGAAGCUCAACGCUGUAUGCUCCACUCGGCGAUCUCUCAGCCGCUGAGGGAGCUGGUGGAAAGGGGAGAGCCCGUGGAAUUUUUGUUUUCGCCGGGCGACUCUGGGCUGCAUCUGACGGGGCAACUCUCAUCUGGCUAG